AUGGUCGCCACCGUCGACCUCAGUCCCUUCAUGGCCGACGAGGGCGUCGUCGUGGGCGCGGUCCCCACUGCGUCGCAGCUAGCAGGCGCAAAGGCCAUCGACCUGGCCUGCCGCGACACCGGCUUCGUCCAGGUCAUCAACUUUGGCGUGAGCGCCGAGCUGCGACGCCGAGCCUUUGCCGCAGCGGAGGCGCUCUUCGCCCAGCCCGAGGAGCACAAGCGCGAGCGGCUCGCGCGACUACAGCCGGCCACAAACACUGGCUACGCGCCCGUCGGACUCGA